AGCAUCCAGCGAGGGGACCAAGGCAGCACACAUAGACCGGGCAAAGGUGCGGUGUGAGCGUCCGCGGAAAAGGGAGAGUCGAGAAGAGAAGGCUGGGGCGGAGUGGCGCGAAGGCUCUGGGAAGCUGUCCCUAAGGCGCCGCGCGCUCCGAGGAGGGAGGCGGCGUGAGCGUGUGACCGCCGAGGCUGCGGCGGCUGGAACAGGUUGCUCCACCCCGCCCAGGAUCAGGCGAGGGGGAACCAGCUUGGCUGCGGCUGCCAACUCGCGCCGAGUGCGUCUGCAACUCCCGGAGUGGAGUCUCGCGUCCUGCCUCGUCCCCGCGGGGCGCGCGCUCCUCGCUCCCCCAGGCCCCGCGUCCUCCCCCCGCAACCCUUCCCCACUUUUCCCCGCUUUUGCAAUCACAUGGCAUUUUAAGAAUGCCGGAAAGAUGGCGGUAGCGGCGGCGGCGGCGGCGGCGGCGGGGCCGGCCGGCGCGGGAGGCGGCCGAGCGCAGCGGAGCGGGCUGCUGGAAGUUUUGGUGCGGGAUCGCUGGCACAAAGUUCUGGUGAACUUGAGCGAGGACACCCUGGUUCUGAGCUGCGAGGAGGGCGCUGCGGCGUACAACGGCAUCGGGACCGCCACCAAUGGCUCGUUCUGCAGGGGCGCCGGCAGCGGGCACCCGGGCGCGGGCGGCGCGCAGCCCCCGGACUCGCCCGCUGGGGUCCGCACCGCCUUUACCGACCUGCCCGAGCAGGUGCCCGAGGCCAUCUCGAACCAGAAGCGUGGCGUGAAGGUGCUGAAGCAGGAGCUGGGCGGGCUGGGCAUCAGCAUCAAGGGGGGCAAGGAGAACAAGAUGCCCAUCCUCAUCAGCAAGAUCUUCAAGGGGCUGGCGGCGGAUCAGACCCAAGCCCUGUACGUGGGGGACGCCAUCCUGUCGGUGAACGGGGCCGACCUGCGGGACGCCACCCACGACGAGGCGGUGCAGGCGUUAAAGCGCGCGGGCAAGGAAGUGCUGCUGGAAGUGAAGUACAUGCGAGAAGCCACGCCCUACGUGAAGAAAGGCUCCCCAGUGUCCGAGAUUGGGUGGGAAACGCCUCCGCCCGAGUCCCCGCGGUUAGGGGGCGGCUCCUCAGACCCUCUGUCCUCGCAGUCCUUCUCGUUCCACAGAGACCGGAAAAGCAUCCCCCUCAAGAUGUGCUACGUCACUCGGAGUAUGGCCUUGGCUGACCCUGAGAACAGGCAGCUUGAAAUCCACUCCCCAGAUGCUAAGCACACGGUGAUCCUCAGGAGCAAGGACUCAGCCACCGCCCAGGCCUGGUUUAGUGCCAUCCAUUCCAACGUUAGUGACCUGCUGCCCCGAGUGAUUGCUGAGGUCAGAGAGCAGCUUGGGAAAACAGGCAUUGCUGGGAGCCAAGAGGUCAGGCAUCUUGGCUGGCUUGCAGAAAAGGUGCCCGGGGAGAGCGAGAAACAGUGGAAGCCAGCUCUGGUUGUCCUGACUGAGAAGGACCUUUUAAUCUAUGACAGCAUGCCGCGGAGGAAGGAAGCCUGGUUCAGCCCAGUUCACUCCUACCCACUUCUUGCCACCAGGCUGGUCCAUUCUGGUCCAGGGAAAGGAUCGCCCCAGGCUGGUGUGGAUCUGUCCUUUGCAACUCGAACUGGUACCAGGCAGGGGAUUGAAACACAUCUCUUCAGGGCCGAGAUCAGCAGAGACCUCUCCCGUUGGACACGGAGCAUAGUACAGGGUUGCCACAACUCAGCUGAACUCAUUUCUGAAAUCACCACAGCUUGCACCUACAAAAACCAGGAGUGCCGUUUGACCAUACAUUAUGAGAAUGGAUUUUCUCUUACCACUGAGCCACAGGAGGGUGCCUUUCCCAAGACAAUCAUACAGUCUCCUUAUGAAAAGCUGAAAAUGUCUUCAGAUGAUGGAAUCAGGAUGCUGUAUUUGGAUUUUGGAGGCAAAGAUGGAGAGUUCCAACUGGACCUUCAUUCCUGCCCCAAGCCAAUUGUUUUCAUCAUUCAUUCCUUCCUGUCAGCUAAGAUUACAAGACUGGGCUUGGUGGCCUGAACAGAGGGGCGACUUGCCUUUGAGAAAAGGAAGGCUGCGGUGCCACCAGAAAGGGUAACAUGAGACAUCAGUGCACCAGCUAUAGCAUGCCACAGUCAGCUUUUACAACCCAAGGGUCCCGUGUAACUAUCCCAGACUGCUCUGUCAAUUUCAUCAAUUACAAGGGGGUACCCUGAGAAAACACCGCAAGGAACAUCGGAAUAAAACUGUCUUUUUAGAACAGUCAAAGGGUAAAGAAGUGAGGGAAAUUGGAAAUACACAGCAUAACUUUUAAAUAAUGACAAUCAAGGACAUGAAAUUAGAACAGCGUGUGCAGAUCUUAAUCAUACCAGGUUCUAGGCAACUGGUUCACCCAGGUAAGCAAGGGAUGAAGAGAUGAGAAAUGGGCGUUUUCCCCUCUUUCCCCCCCAGGAACAAUGAUCCUUUGUUUUAUUGUGACUUAUUUCCUACUUCUAAUUGAGUUGACUUUAGCUGGUAAGGAAAGGAAAGUACUUCAAAUGGAAACCCACCUUUUAUUUAAGUAUGAAGCAGCUUUACCUUUUCUUAAUGAAUUAUCUUUCAGCGAUGUAGGAAGAUUCUGAAGUGUUCUCAUUAGCCUAUGCUGGGCGAGAAUUAAAUAAAGCAUCAGAUACUGAUCUGAGCUGUAAGCUGGUGGAAUCUGAGCCGAAGUAGACUGCUUAAAUUGCAAAGCUUUGCUCAAGAGUGCUGUGCGUGGAAGAUGAUUAAUUCUGGGGCUGCAUUCACACCAAGGUCUGCUAUCUUAGAACCAAGACUGAUAGCUUUAUUUAUAGGAAGCAAAUUAUGGAUAUUUUUUAAAAGAUUGUCAUUUGCUAUAUAUAUAGAUAUAACAACUCGUGUGGGGUUAAAUAAUUAUCCCUGUUUUGUGGUUUUCAGUGGAAGUGCUGAGCAAUUUAUUGACUCUUAUUUCUGCCUGUGCUUGUAUGCAUGCAUUUUCGAACCAGUAAUAGAGCAGCUUCAUAUAAUUCUGAACGAUGCUGGGGUUUAUGCAUACACCCAGCAUUAUAAUCAGAUGUAUUGAUAGCAUCCAAUGCUCCUUCGGAAUUCCAAGGAAAUGAUAUAAUGACCUGAUAUUUUUCUACAAGAAUAUUUUCAGACACCAUAUAGCGUAUUACUGAUUUACUGCUUUUGUUUUUGUCUUUCAAAAUGAAUUCACUAAAAAUACACCUAUUAUUUUGGAAUCACUUUCCUCAAACCUUGAAAAUUAGUUCUAGAAUUUCUGUAAGCAUUUGUAAUCUUUCUUUCCCCUGUAGUUUACAUAGACAAACGUUCUGGGUUAGAUUUGUGUGUUUGUUCAGAAUCAUAUUUUAGCAAAUACCUAUGCAAACAGCUUUAAAAGGUGAAACUGUUUUAAAGGAAUGUGAUUUUGCUCACUGAGACGUAUGCGUUUAUUGAGUUGCAGAGUUUUAUUUUAGAUCAGUGUUGCCCCAUAAUAGGUAUCAGGGAAUGCUAGUUCCAAAGGCCAUUGACUGAGAGGUGUUUUGUGGUGGGGAAAAUAAGAGGUUUGGUAAUCAAAAAUGUUUGUGAAAUACUGAGUUAAGAAAUGUUCAACAGAUUUCAUGAUUACAGGUCUCCUCGCUUUAAUGCACAUUGUGGUUCUUCUGGGGGGGUCCCCUGUGUCAUUCCUUGUGCUUACCUCCAGAACUCCUUUCUACUGGAGCAUCUUGGGAAGCUAGUGUUUUAAAACAAAACAAGACUAAACACAGUGGAAAGCACAGCUUUAGGAUAUUGGCUUCUUGUUUUGUUUUGUUUCCUGUUUUAAAAUGCUCAAGAGUGAGUCCCAGCCUGAAUAUUGGAGGAAAGCUUUGAUGCAUUUGUAAAUUAUACUGCACUCUUUCAUUAUAUAUUUUCAAAAAUCACUGGAAUGUUGUUAUACAAGAGAAUUAUACUUGUGUAUUGUAAAUAACAUAUUAAAAUACAUGUAUUAAUGCCAAUAGUUUAAUUCAACAAUAUGUAAUCUAAGGUGCUCAGUACUACAUGAAGUAUGAGUUAAUUACUCAUAAUUAAGUUGCAAAGAUCAUAUAUAUUUAUAGACAAACUAAAAUGAUCGUAAUUACAAAUAUUAUUUCUUCAUCACUUAAGUUUUGGACUGAUUAAUAUCUGGGUGGGGAGUCAACAGAAACUACAUUCUCUGCAUUUAUAAAAUUUUAAUUUAAAUAUUUAUAUUUUAGAAAAAAAUGUAUUUGAAUAAAAUUAAUGCAUUUUCUGAAUUAAAAGGUGUUAUUAGCAAGAAAUAGAAAAUUUUACUAAGAGAAUCGUGUAUAUGAAUCUUUUUUUUGCCUCCAAGUUAAAGUGCAUCGUAUCAGAGUGGCUAUGAUGAAUCAAUUUCAAAUACUCAUUUUUCCUCAUUGUGAAUUCAACAAGUUACAAUGACUUUACACUGUAGAUUUUACUCUUGUCUUGAUGUGUGUUAUGAAUGUUGUGAAUGACAAAACUCAUAUGUCUGGAUCAUGCCUGGGUACAGCCAAUGAAUCAACUCAGUCAUUUUAGGGAAUUUGUUUUGGUCUAAUUCACUCUGUGUUCGAUUGACUUCUUAUUUGAAUGGAUGAAUUAUUAAAUUCACAAUGUUUGUGCCUUUAGGGGCAAACCAAUACAAAUGAAUAAUGUUUUAAUUUGUACUUAGUGGGAAGCUGCCCAUUUGUUAGUAGAUGUGGUUAGCUGAACCCUUUGGUGUGGUGACCUAUCUUUAAACCAUCCCAUAGGGAUUUGAAGAAAGCCAAUAGGAAUAUAGAUAUCAAGUUUUUUCUGACCUGAACUAAGUAGGAGAAACAAAACCAUAAACCUAUUAAAAAAUGCCAAGGCAGAGGCAUUUAAUUAAUUCUAUCAAUUGAUGGAAUUAAAAUGCUAAAAAACAUAUGCUCCUUUGUCCAAAAGCUUGUUGACCCUGCUUGGUUGAAGUCAGAAGGAAUGGUCUUAACAGUCAGAAGGAUUCUCCUAAAAUUAAUGAUCAUGGCCUUUUGGGCCGUUGUUUUACAAAUAUUAGAUAUAGUCUAUCUUGAAGGGCUUGGAGCAGGCUGGGGUGAGAGAGUAAUUUUUGAAUGUACCUUGAGUUAAAAAAAAAUGUGCCUAUGUUUAUAGCACCAUGGAUAUCAUGUAAAAUUUAUAUAUGAAUUAAAUAAAUAUUCACCUCCAAAUAAGGUG